AUGGAGUUGCAGCGGCUCGUCACACUGGUCAACAGCUCGCAGAUGAUUCGAGGAAUAGGGCAUCGGAUCUGCGCAGGGCAGCCUGUGGCAGGAGAACCGCCGCUUCACCAUGCGGAUCCUGAAGGACUUCGGCUUCGGGAAGAGGGAGGCCAUGGACUCCAUCAUCCGAGACUCCGUCCUCGAUCUCUGCCGGUAUCCGCGCAGGGCAGCCUGUGGCAGGAGAACCGCCGCUUCACCAUGCGGAUCCUGAAGGACUUCGGCUUCGGGAAGAGGGAGGCCAUGGACUCCAUCAUCCGAGACUCCGUCCUCGAUCUCUGCCGGUUCCUCGAGGAGAAUCAGCUCAGGCCUCUCGAUCUCGGUCCUCGCCUCAACGUUGCCGUUCUCAACGUUAUCUGGAAAAUGACUGCAGACAAGCAAUUUCCUCAUGGCGAUUCGAGGAUGCAAUACUUCAUGAAAAGUCUGAUGGAAGUCUUCAAGGAUUCCAGCUACAUUGGGAACUUCCAAUGGGUUCCCCUGCUGGUGUACCUUUGGCCGCCUGCACUCCGAGCCUCGCGGCGCAUCGAUCGCAACGCGGCGGCCAUCGCGAAGAUAUUCUCGGUAUGGUUUUCUCUGUAUGACGGAAGCACCGGAGGCUCGAACGACUACAUCGACGCUUACCUCACGGAAAUGGCGCAGCAGAAAGCUCGAGGGGAGAUCAACCCGAAUUUCUCAGAUCGAGCUGCGAGUGAUCAUCUCAGACCUGUUCAUCGCCGGGAGCGAGACGACAACAAACACCAUCCGUUGGUGCGUCCUGUUUCUCCUCUGCCAUCCCGAAAUUCAGGAGAAACUCCAGGCCGAAGUCGACAGCGUGGUCGGGCCCGACCGACUUCCUUCGCUCGACGAUGCGAGACGACAACAAACACCAUCCGUUGGUGCGUCCUGUUUCUCCUCUGCCACCCCGAAAUUCAGGAGAAACUCCAGGCCGAAGUCGACAGCGUGGUCGGGCCCGACCGACUUCCUUCGCUCGACGACCGAGACAGAAUGCCCUACAUGCAAGCAUUCAUCAUGGAAGUGCAACGAUUAGCGAAUUUGCUCCCCUUCGGAUUGCCUCACUUUGCCACAGAAGACAUUGAAGUUGCCGGUCAUCGAUUUCCCAAGGGAACAUCGUUCCUGGCGAACGUGUGGUCGUGUCACAUGGACCCCAAGUUCUGGCCCGAUCCUGAAAAAUUCGAUCCUGGAAGAUUCUUGAAUCCAGAUGGAUCCGUCAAGACAAAAGUCCCAAGCUUCCUUCCCUUCCUCCUCGGGAAGCGUCAAUGCCUGGGAGAGUCCUUGGCCCUCAUGGAACUCUUCUUGUUCCUGGCCAUCUUCAUGCAGAAAUUCACAUUUCGCACCACGACGGGACAUCCUCAUCCUAAAGCCCGUCAAUGCCUGGGAGAGUCCUUGGCCCUCAUGGAACUCUUCUUGUUCCUGGCCAUCUUCAUGCAGAAAUUCACAUUUCGCACCACGACGGGACGUCCUCAUCCUAAAGCCGAGGCUGUUGGCGGCUUGAUCGUGAAUCCUCCCAAGCCCUUCCAAUUCCUCGUCGAGGAGAGGAAGCAUUGA